UGGGCGGACAGCGGGUCCCUGGCCGCGGGAGCGACUCCGCGCCCCGCGGAUGCGCCCGGCGCGCCCCGAGCAGUCCCCGCGCCACCGCCGGGCCGUCUGGCCGCCCGGGAAGCCCCGCGCCCGCCUGGACCAGGCUGCCCAGAUGCGGGCGCCACUCUGCCUGCUGCUGCUCGUCGCCCACGCGGUGGACAUGCUCGCCCUGAACCGAAGGAAGAAGCAAGUGGGCACUGGCCUGGGGGGUAACUGCACGGGCUGUGUCAUCUGCUCGGAGGAGAAUGGCUGCUCCACCUGCCAGCAGAGACUCUUCCUGUUCAUCCGCCGGGAAGGAAUCCGCCAGUACGGCAAGUGUGUGCACGAUUGUCCCCUCGGCUUCUUCGGCAUCCGCGGCCAGGAGGUCAACAGGUGCAAAAAAUGCGGGGCCACGUGUGAGAGCUGCUUCAGCCAGGACUUCUGCAUCCGGUGCAAGCGGCGGUUCUACCUGUACAAGGGGAAGUGCCUGCCUAGCUGCCCGCCAGGCACCCUGACCCACCAGAACACACGCGAGUGCCAGGAGGAGUGUGAACUAGGCCCCUGGGGCAGCUGGAGCCCCUGCACGCACAACGGGAAGACCUGUGGCUCCGCCUGGGGCCUAGAGACCCGGGUUCGAGAGGCUGGCCGGGCCGGGCGGGAGGAGAUGGCGACCUGCCAGCUGCUGUCUGAGUCAAGGAAAUGUCCCCUCCAGAGGCCCUGCCCAGGAGAGAGAAGCCCCCGCCAGAAGAAGGGCCGGAAGGACGGGCGCCCGCGCAAGGAUAGGAAGCUGGAGCGCAGGCCCGACGGGAGGUUGCGCCAACCCGGUGCUGCGCAGUGACCGCCUCGCUCUCGGCCCAGCCCCUACGGUGGCCUCCGCAGCCUCCUUUUCCAUCCGCCCUUCUCGUUCUCCCUUCCCCUCUCUUCUUUUCCUGAGCAGGCUAACUUUUUUUCUGUUUUCUUCCAUCUCUGUUCUCCUCUCCUCCCUCUUCCCUCC